CAGGCCCCCUGUUCUCCUCCUCCCACUCCCAUGUCCCACUGCCCUGCCUGCCUGCCCUCCUCAUCUUUGACCCCCGCGCCACCACGGUCCAACCCAAAACACUGCCCACUCCGACCAGGAGUCCAAGAAACUCGCUCCGCCAAGACGGAAGCAACGCGCACGCCGCCACCCACAGCCAGCCAACACACACAAGCCCCUUCUCCGCCCAACCCGCCGCCAGCACUCGGACGCUUCCGUCCGGUAGCGGCGCUGGCCGGCGAGCCCGUGAUCGCUUCCAGGCGCAGGCGCCAUGAUGGGCUCGCUGCCCCUGCUCUUCUCCCUGCUGGUGGUUUCUGGGGUCGGGGUCGGCGGCGGCGUGAGGCUGGCGGGCAAUGGCGGGUACGAGGACUGGAGGCUGGGCACGGCGACCUACAUCAAGGAGUCCCAGGGCCACCCGCUCAAUGACGGUGGCGGCGCUUGCGGGUACGGGGACCUGGACAUAUUCAGGUACGGGAGGUACACGGCCGGCUUGAGCGGCGCGCUGUUCGGGCGUGGCAGCGCCUGCGGCGGCUGCUACGAGCUCCGGUGCGUGAACAACAUCCUCUAUUGCCUGCGGGGCAGCCCCACCGUGGUCGUGACGGCGACCGACUUCUGUGCCCCCAACUUCGGCCUCGCCGACGACUACGGCGGCUGGUGCAACUUCCCCAAGGAGCACCUGGAGAUGACCGAGGCCGCAUUCCUCCGGGUCGCCAAGGCCAAGGCUGACAUUGUCCAGGUGCAGUUCCGAAGGGUGAGCUGUGACAGGGCCGGCGGCAUUCGGUUCACCAUCACCGGCGGCCCCAACUUCCUCCAGGUGCUGAUCACCAACGUGGCAGCAGACGGCGAGGUCGACGCCGUGAAGGUGAAGGGGUCGAAGACGGGGUGGAUACCGAUGGGGAGGAACUGGGGGCAGAACUGGCAGUGCGACGCGGACCUCCGAGGCCAGCCUCUGUCGUUCGAGGUCACCGGAGGAAAGGGCAGGACGAUCACAAUGUAUAACGUCGCGCCUUCGGACUGGAUGUUUGCGCAAACGUUUGCAGGCAAGCAGUUCGUCGAGUAGGUGAAAGAGGGUUGCAAGCUCCAACGACUGUAAUUACAACUAAAAGGGUUACUAAAAUGCCGUGACCCAAGAACGUGAAUGGUUUUCGCUCUGCCCGCCACGCACGUCCAACAUGAUUAUUGAACUUUAGGGCGCAGUUAUCUGCAAGUUUCCUGAAUAAACCACGUCAGUCUA